AUGAUACUUUUGUUAGGUUUUUUCUUUAUCAAUAAUGUUGUCUGCAUGCCAAAUCUGAAAAUUAAUCUCUGUUCUUAUAAAUUAACACAGUUGGGAAAACUCAGUCGCAUAAUGGAGUAUUUGAGGCAAAAAGUUCUUGUAAGGCAUUCUUUUUAUUACCUGAAUUCUAUGAGUUUUUGUGGUAAUUUAAAGGCUGCAGAGUCUGACUCUGGUAUAUGUGUAGUGCGAUGGGCCAAAUUUAGGCAACUACAAAUAAAGAAACUGGCAUAUCCUCCUGAUAUUGACCUCUCUUCACAUAAAAGCAUCAGACCUCUAGUUGAUCUUGGCCUUUUCUUGGCACUGGACAAACAUGCAGCUCCGAAUAGGCAGUUGAGAAAUAGCCUUGAGAUAAUAUUGGAUGUGACUAAAAUUAGAUUCGUUCCUUUUGGAGAGUGGUGUGAAAAGAAUAACAAACGUGAUGGUGGAAUAGCAUUUGCUGCGGAGAGGAGAAUUUGUGAUGCACCCCUAACAAAAGGGUUGAAAUUCCUUUUUUUUCUGUUUUAUAAUUCAGAAUGUCUUUUAGAAACAUGGAGUUGUUUAAACUCUGUGAAAUGGAUUCUCAAAUUCAGUGAUCUUCUUAUUUUAAUUUGGUAG